CGGCGAGCGGGCACGAGGGACGGCGUUCACGAGUGGGCAGGACGCGGGAAGAAGCCGGAGAGCUGGCCACGGAGCGAGAGAAAAUGGAAGUCGGGUAGCGGCGACUGCGGCGCUGCGGGCUGGGAGCGGAGCGGCGCGGCGCGGCAGAGCUCUCAGGGGCUGUGGUCUCACAUCUUGCACUGGGGCACCAAUGGACCAUUUCCAGCAGGGAUGGUACGGGGCUGACCCGAAUGCCUGACUGCACCCAUCACCUCCGGAGAGCUGCACACCUGGAAAGUGGCAGCAACAGAAGACCUUCUCCCGGCCGAGGCUCUGGUGCAUGGAGAGAAGGAAGAAGGCAGUUUCCUAACUGGUGCCAUAAACAUCAGAUGGAUGGUUUCUAGCCUGCUUCCAAACCCCACCUCGGCUGAGUGUUGGGCAGCACUUCUACAUGAUCCUAUGACUCUUGAUAUGGACGCAGUCCUGUCAGACUUUGUUCGGUCCACAGGGGCAGAACCUGGUCUGGCCAGAGACCUGCUGGAAGGCAAAAACUGGGACCUGACGGCCGCUCUAAGCGACUAUGAGCAGCUCCGACAGGUGCACACAGCCAACCUGCCGCAUGUGUUCAAUGAAGGGAGGUGCCCCAAGCAGCCAGAGCGAGAGCAGCCCCAGGCCGGGCACAAGGUGGAGCGACCCUGCCUGCACAGGCAGGACGACAUUGCCCAAGAAAAGCGGCUUUCCCGGGGGAUUUCCCACGCCAGCUCAGCCAUCGUCUCCUUGGCUCGGUCCCACGUGGCGAGUGAGUGCAACAACGAGCAGUUCCCCCUGGAGAUGCCGAUCUACACAUUCCAGCUGCCGGACCUGAGCGUGUACAGCGAGGACUUCAGGAGCUUCAUCGAGCGCGACCUGAUCGAGCAGGCAACCAUGGUGGCUUUGGAGCAGGCAGGUCGUCUGAACUGGUGGUCCACUGUGUGCACGAGCUGUAAGCGUCUUCUUCCCCUGGCCACGACAGGAGAUGGGAACUGCCUCCUGCAUGCCGCCUCGCUGGGGAUGUGGGGGUUUCACGACCGGGACCUGGUUUUGCGAAAAGCUCUCUACACCAUGAUGAGGACGGGGGCUGAGAGGGAAGCCCUGAAGCGGAGGUGGAGGUGGCAGCAGACGCAACAGAACAAGGAGUCCGGGCUGGUGUACACGGAGGAGGAGUGGGAGCGCGAGUGGACCGAGCUGCUGAAGCUGGCCUCCAGCGAGCCGCGCACGCACUUCAGCAAGAACGGCGGCACGGGCGGGGGCGUGGAUAACUCUGAAGACCCCGUGUACGAGAGCCUGGAGGAGUUCCACGUUUUCGUCCUCGCGCACAUACUAAGAAGACCGAUCGUCGUGGUGGCGGAUACGAUGUUGAGAGACUCAGGGGGGGAAGCAUUCGCGCCCAUCCCCUUCGGGGGGAUUUACCUGCCCUUGGAGGUCCCACCCAACAGAUGUCACUGCUCGCCUCUGGUUCUGGCCUACGAUCAAGCUCACUUCUCUGCCCUGGUGUCCAUGGAGCAGAGAGACCAGCAACGAGAACAAGCCGUGAUCCCCCUGACGGAUUCCGAGCACAAGCUGCUGCCGCUGCACUUCGCAGUGGACCCGGGGAAGGACUGGGAGUGGGGGAAAGACGACAAGGACAACGCCCGGCUGGCCCACCUCAUCCUGUCUCUAGAAGCCAAGCUGAACCUCCUGCACAGCUACAUGAAUGUGACAUGGAUCCGGAUCCCCUCUGAGACCCGGGCGCCCCUGGCGCAGCCAGAGUCCCCGACGGCCUCGGCGGGCGAGGACGUGCAGUCCCUGGCCGACUCGCUGGACUCGGACCGCGACUCGGUGUGCAGCAGCUCCAACAGCAAUAACGGCAAGAACGGUAAGGACAAGGAGAAGGAGAAGCAGCGCAAGGACAAGGACAAGACGCGCGCGGACUCCGUGGCCAACAAGCUGGGCAGCUUCAGCAAGACGCUGGGCAGCAAACUGAAGAAGAACAUGGGCGGCCUGGGCGGCCUGGUGCACGGCAAGAUGGGCCGCGCCGGCUCGGCCAACGGCAAGCACGGCGACGCGCCCGAGCGCGCCAAGGAGAAGAAGGCCAAGGCGCGCAAGGGCAGCAAGGAGGAGUCGGGCGCGUCGGCCAACACGUCGCCGUCCGAGAAGACCACGCCGUCGCCCACCGACAGGCCCGCGGGCGCGUCGCCGGCCGAGAAGGGCGGCGGGCCGCGCGGCGACGCCUGGAAGUACAGCACGGACGUGAAGUUGAGCCUCAACAUCCUGCGCGCCGCCAUGCAGGGCGAGCGCAAGUUCAUCUUCGCCGGCCUGCUGCUCACCAGCCACCGGCACCAGUUCCACGAGGAAAUGAUCGGCUACUACCUGACCAGCGCGCAGGAGCGCUUCAGCGCCGAGCAGGAGCAGCGGCGCCGCGACGCCGCCACCGCCGCCGCCGCUGCUGCCGCGGCCGCCGCCGCCUCUUCCACAGCCAAGCGGCCACCGCGCAGGCCGGACGCCGAGGGCGCGCCGGGCCCCGAGCGCGCCUCGCCGGGCCCGCCGGCCGGGCAGCCCACGCAGCUGGUGCUCAAGCUCAAGGAGCGCCCGAGCCCCGGGCCUGCGGCGGGCUCCAGGGCGGCGCGGGCGGCGGCGGGCGGCGCGGCCUCCCCGGGCCCCGGCGGCGCGCGGCGCGCGGGCGCCAGCGGACCCGCCCCGGGCCGCAGCCCGCCAGCGCCGGCGCGCCAGAGCGUCAUCCACGUGCAGGCGGCGGGCGCCCGGGACGAGGCGUGCACGCCGGCCGUGGGCCCGCUGCGGCCUUGCGCCACGUACCCGCAGCAGAACCGCUCGCUGUCGUCGCAGACCUACAGCCCGGCCCGCGCCGUCGCGCUGCGCACUGUCAACACGGUGGAGUCGCUGGCGCGCACCGGGCCCGCGACCCUCCCGGGCGCCGCGGGGCCCGCGAGCGCGGCCGAGCCCAAGUCGCAGACCUACACCAACGGCUUCGGCGCGGCGCGCGACGGCCUGGAGUUCGCCGACGCCGACGCGCCGGCCGCGCGCUCGAACGGUGAGGGCGGCGGCGGGGGUCCCGGGCCGGCGCAGCGGCGCUGUCAGCGCGAGAACUGCGCCUUCUACGGGCGCGCCGAGACCGAGCACUACUGCUCCUACUGCUACCGCGAGGAGCUGCGGCGGCGGCGCGAGGCGCGCGCGGCCCGGCCCUGA